AUGGCGAAAGAAAUAAUCACAAUUAAACAAAUUAAUAAAAGAUAUGGUAAUAAAACGGUUUUAAAUAAUGUUUCUUUUACUGUUCGUGAAGGAACUAUUCAUGGUUUUAUUGGACCCAAUGGAGCCGGUAAAACUACCACUUUAAGUAUCUUAACUAGAUUGGUCUUACCCACUGGUGGUGAGGUUUAUAUUGACGGCAAAUCAGUAAUUAAUGACCCGACUUUUAACGAACGGCUGGGAUUUAUUCCGGCGGAACCGCGAUUUCCCAGUUCAAAAGUGGAAGAAUAUGUGCUAGAUUGUGGCUAUUUACGGGAUAUUCCCAAAGGGGAAGUUUUAAGGAAAUUAGCCAGUUCACCACUCAACCAAUUUCGUAAUCAGAAUUGUCAUUCUCUUUCGACCGGGUGGAAAAAAAUCCUCCAGGUUUUUAUUUUAGGAUUAUACCGACCGCGUAUCCUUUUAUUGGAUGAGCCCUUUAAUGGUUUAGACCCCAGUUUCCGUCAGGACUUAUUUAACAAUUUAAAGUCUAUUCGCGCGGACGGGGCAACUAUUUUAAUGUCAACUCAUAUUCUAUCCGAUUUACAAAAAUUAGCUGAUGACAUUACCAUGAUUAAAAACGGCAAAAUAGUUUAUACGGGAGCCAAAACCGCCGAUAUCGAGCAAACUUACGAAGAUUACUUUAUCGAAAAAGGCAAAGGAUUAUUUGAAUUAUAA